UCGGGAGUCUAAUUGCAUAUCUACAACGGCUCAUACGGUUAUGAACAAAAAAUAAAAUAUUGAUGGUCGACUUUGUUAAAUAAAAUAAAUAUGAAAAUAAUAUUAAUUCAGAUUUAUUUGAUUCCAUCUCGAGUCCACGCCGUCGUCCCUCCUACUCUGCUGGCACCGUAAACGCUAUUUAUGAAUCCCGAUCGCUCACGGGCGUGUGGACGCAAUUAAAACACUCGGAAUAAAACGACGCGGGGAAUUGAUUGUACGUAACGAUAUCUCCACACGCAACAUAACACUUUUUCGAUGGAGGUUUCAUAGAAAUGUAAUCCGACUCGACAUUCAGUCACUGGAAGAAAAAAAAAAAACGGCAUCGGAGCAGACGAGCGGUACGGUGUUUUGCUUUUUUGAUACUAGGUCAACACACCCGAGACGCACAUUCUGUCCUGACACCGUGCGACCCGCUCAACUCCAAAUCGGUUAAUCCAUCCUAGCCGGUUCACCUCCGAACGGCAGCGGGUUCGACCAGGUGAGUUGUCGGGAGGGGACCGCUGCCUCCAAAAUGUCUUUGUGAUAGUGGGAGGGGCUACCUACCGGUCCAUGAGGAGGAAAGGAGGAGGAGCCUCCAACUCUUAAGUCCCUCCCCGUCCUCCUGAAGACGGACCCAACGGACCGACACCUACUAGGUCACACCUCUUUCCCUCCCUCCUUCCCCUCCUCCUCCUUCUCUCUCCCUUCUCUCUCCUUCUCCCGUCCGUUCUCCCCCCUCAGCCCGGUCUCUCCGCCCCCCCCCCUCUCCCCGCUCCUCCCCCCCCCCCCCCCCCCCCCCCCCCCCCCCUCCCGGUCCCUGCCACCAUGCCAUGGUCACACUUCUGGUGGUGGAGGGGUUGUGGAGCCAGACUCUGAGAGGGAACGUCGCCCAUCCUGGGGACAUCUACCUGUCCCGGCUGGACCCUAAAAACUUAACACAUUGCUGUUCCCCAGAUGGCUUGAUGCCAGAAAGCAGCUGUUGGCAGCUGUGCCCUCCCUCCAAACCUGGCCUGCAGGGGGGGUUACUGAGUUCCAGUUUCCCCCCUGGCCCUGUGCCCCUCAUGCCCCAGGACCCACACCUCCAAGAGGGGGGAGACCCCUUGGAUCCGUCCCCUCCGUUCCCCCAUCAGCACCCUGCCCUGGCGCCCAGCGCCUCCGCCUCUCAGCUGUCUCUCCCCGGAGCGGUGGCGGCCCCGCCCGGGCCCGGGCCCCCCCCUCCCCCGCCCCCGCCGCCCAAGCGCCACUGCCGCUCGCUCUCGGUGCCCGAGGACCUGUCGCGCUGCCGCUACACGUGGCGCCCCAGCGCCUCGCGGGUCUGGACCCCCGUCAGCCGCCAGCAGUACCACGGCGGCGUGGGCGUGGCCGGGGGCGGCGCCAUGGGCGGGGGGGGCGCGGGCAUGGGGGGCGGCGGCGGCGCGGCGGGGCCCUGCCCGCUGCGCGCGCCCAGCUCCUCCCUGAACUCCUCGCUGCACUCCUCGUCCAGCCCCACCUUCUUCAGCCUGGCGCUGUCCCCGGACUCCCCGCUGCCCUGGAGCUUCCCCUGGGACCCCAGCGAGGCGGCGGGCGGCGGCGGCGGCGCCUGCUGCUGCUUCUUCCCCUCGCCGUCGUCCUGCUCCUCGUCGCCCUCGCCCCUGCACCCGCCGCCGCCGCCGCAGAGGCGCUUCUCCCUCUCCCCGGUGCUCAUCCGCGACUCGGCCGCCUCCACCGCCUUCCUCCCCCCCCCGCCGCCCGUGCCCUGCCACGCGGCCGUCGGGCCCCCGCCCCCGGCCGGCUGCCACGCGGCGGCGGCGGCGGCGGCGGCGGGGGGGCCCCGGGCGUGCCCGGCGGUGCCCGCCUCGCCCUCCUCGGCCUGCAGCACGCCGUCGUCCCUGCGCCGCGCUCUGCCGCCGCAGCUGCCCCGCUGCCACUCCCAGCCCUGCGACCUGCUGCUGCUCAAGCCCGGCCUGAAGCGGCGCCGCGACCCCGAUCGGCCCUGCGCCCGGCCCGUGCUGGACUUCACCAAGAUGACCCAGACGCGUAGCAUCGACCCCCACUGUUUGGAGCGAGGCGGGGGCAGGCUGGCCUGCGGCGGGGACGUAUGCAUGGGCCUGGAGCCCUUCCUGGGGGACUUCCGGGGCUCCUGCUCCCCGGCCGAGGGCCUGGGCCGGACCAGCAUCGGCCCGCUCAGCGAGAGCGACGAAGAGUGCGGGGAGGAGGACGACGAGGAGGACGACGACGACGACGGCGGCGGCGGCGCGGUGGACAAAGGGGAGCGCGAGGCCGCCCUGCAGGCCGUGUUCGAAAGGGAUUGUACAGAACUGGACUUGAACAUGAUCGAGGAGAACUGACCCUCGUCUUUGUAAAUUGGAAGGUCUUUUACUUUGGUUCCUUUCUUCUUCUUCUUCUGUUUCGCCGAGUAUAAGUUAUCGCCUCCUCCCCGCUCCCGUUCCCUUUUGGUUUCUUUACCUCCUCUGUGAGUCACAUCGCGCAAAAAAAAACAAAAAACACUCGACCCCCCCCCGGGGUCGCACCGGGUUGGUCCGCAUACCGCCAAUCAGCAGGGCUCUCAGGAACAACGCCUUCUUCUCAUUGGAUGAGCUGGAGUUAACCGCGGCGGAUUGAUGACAACGGUUAUGAUUUGACUACCGCCACCACCACCACCACCACCACCGUUAAACUCAGUGCUGGGUCUUAGCGUUUGUAAACCCCCUGGGAGCCGCCCGUGAAAGAGAUGGUAAAUAAUAGCCAGGACUUUGAGACGUAAAGAACACCGGUCAGCUUAUACGUUCAACAUUAAAUGAAUACCUUGACAUUUGAGAAUCUCGUCGCAUUAAUUUUUUGGCUGAAUUAGUGUCACAUGAGGACUGGCGAGUCAAAGCUUGCUUUUCUGUGAUUUACCUCGAAAAACAUCACCCUGGUAUUGUUUUUCGGGAAUUGUAGAAUGACAAAUUGAGACCAAUUCGAGGAACCACGGCUGUCGGUCGAAUGGCGGUAUGGCGUUUUGUUUCCUAAUGUUGCAGACGAGUUCACAUCGUCAAGGUUUCCAUUUAAUAAUUAGUGGUGGUUGGUGUCCAGUACUCAUGGACGCUACCACACUCCGGCUAGUCACCAGACUGCAGUGUUACCCUGUCGUAUUCUCCAGUAUCGCCAUGCCACCGACCUUACGAAGUAAGCCUAGGAAAACCCCAUUACAGAAUUCAUCAAAAGGCUGCAGAUGAAACCUAAACAUCAAGGCCACAUAGUGCACUUACUAUUCAAUUAAACGUGUGAGGUGCUUAGUUUUUUUAAUGAAACUUAAAAGAACUGGGUAUGCUAUAUCAAUUAGCAUGGUAAUCGGUAAGAGAAAUUCUCUUUUAAGAAGCAUGUGACGUAACGUAUGUAUGCACAAUCCUUACGAAAAAUAAUAAAGUGCAUACGCAUUAACGCGUCAAAUAAAACUAGGUUAACUUAAGAUUUGCAUCACUGUAAACUGAUAGCUGAAGCUAGCACUAAAAUGACGGACGUCAAUGAAAGUCGACAUCACAGCACUAGCAUAAAUGACGGGUAGAUAUUAUGUAAGGUGUAGUCCCAUAGGUUCAGAGCAGAGCCCAUACCACCAAAGUCUUAAUAGGUUAUCUUGCCAAUAUCUGAAAUGGUGUUUGCCAAAUCACACCAGCAGUGCUUAUAGGUUUGAACCUUCACAAUUGCUAGAAUCCUGCCCAUAACAUAAAACCAGAUGAACUUCAUUAUUCCCAUACAGGAAAUAAGGGGAAUCAGGACUACAUACCAGGUGGGAUAACUGGAGGAAUAAUAUUAUACAAGUAUAAUAAUUAUUGGUAUACUAAUUAUAAUACCAAAUCAACAGUAAGCAGGUUUUCUGGACGAAGAACUUGAUGGGUAAAGGCGUUGGCAUGGCGUUACCUGGGAUAGCGUUGCAGUUUGGUAAGACCCAACAAGGCCCCACUGAGUACAGGUAGUCACUGACGCUGUUGUUCCAUGUGAGUGUACACACAUUCCUUUACCAGUAGCUCCCAAACAGUGCUGUUGAAAAAGUCUGGAUGGUGCAAGCGGCUGCUACAUUCAUUUACAGUGUGUGUGUGUGUGUCUGUCCUACUCUUCAAACUGAGCAGAGCCCUGAUUUCUAGAAUCCCCCCUCACCCUAAGUCAUCGCUUUAGCCCUAACCCUGCUAUUGAACCCAAAUGAACACCCCUAACCAAAACACCACAAAUAUGAACAUGAUUCAAUUGACUAAAAACCAAUCUUGCCGCUAUCAAAUUAAUGUUCCAUCACUCGAUCCCCAAGAUGAGCUGAAACAAUAGCUAGACGUAGCCAAAUAGCUUGAGAUGGAUUGCUUUAUCGCACAGCCAUGGUUAUCAGUCAAUGAAAGAUGCUUUGCAUAGUUACAGAAAUCCACGGUACUGAAAAUGUCUUAAGCAGGAUGCUGAAAUGCACAAAUCAAUCAUAUGAGAGAGCUCUUCUGCACUAAAACCAUGUGUUGGCCCCCACCACAUGGAAAGUAAAACCUCAUUAGGAAUCAAAUGGAUGAACAUGGCUGUGUUGUUGAGUCAUAGCCCCCCGACCCCCGAAACAUCCUUAGAAGUAUUUUUCAAUUUGAAAUUGAGAUUUCAUUGAUAUCUGCCAUCUCAUUUACGAAACUAAACAUGUUUCCGCAUUAUUUAUUUAUUUGCAAACUUGCAUAGAAAAGCAGUUUCUGUCCUCACUUGCAGAAAUGAUUUUUUAGCUUGAGAAAAUAAAAGUAUACAGGAAUGCUCCGAAUAUACUUACUGUCUGUUCUUGGAGAGGUACAACGAGAGGACUUCCAUAUACUUCAUUUCAGCAUUGUUGCAUUGGAUUGGAUACAACUAUCUACUAAACAUCUGACAUAUGGCUACCUGUUCUGAAACAUAUUAUCCUUAUCCCUCGUUACUAUGCCAGUCGGCGAGCCACAGGGAAACUGUCUGGUGGUAUUUAAACAGUAGGGCAGUAGUGGGACAUCCUAACUGCAGCGAUCGUCCCACCUGCGGACGAGGCAGGAUUCAGCAGAGUAGUCCUGGCUGUCUUACAUAGACGAUACCUUCUCCGCAGCCAAGGGGCAUACAAACCUCUGUGACCCAGUGUUUAAAAGGUUGACUUCCGGCGGGAGCCCCCCCCCCUUAUCGCCCCCCCCCACACACUGAUAACAAAGCUCAGAUGUUUUAUUGCAACCAACCCCUUCCCUGGUGGUUUUGACAUGACACACAUGAGCUCCAGUUUGAAUGCUACCACAAUGUUCAUGCAUUCUGUUCGCUACCAUCUGAUAGUUACCUGAAUGCAACACAGUGUCUGAACACCACAAUCAUCUUUUCUGGGGAAGACUGAGUAGAGACGGUGUGUACAGAACCAAGUGAUGGAGGCUGACGCCAUUAGACUCAACACAUAUUGUAUUUAUAUUUACAGGCUGAGGGCCAGACCUGGGGCUGAGUGGGUUCAGGGAUUCCUAGGCCCAGGGUUUCUGUUCCGCCUGGGGCAUACUCUUGUUUAGAUACAAAAGAAGAAUAUUAAAAUGCAUGUUCAAAAAGUCAAAUUCAAGAAAAAUUAUGAAAGAUUACUUUUCUGAUCUACUGUCAACUACGUUUUCAAAAAGAUUAUGGGUGGAAAAAAAUAAACGUUACCAGAUUUUCAAAUAAUUUACAGACAAAAUGCUGAAGUGUGUUUGUCUGGUUUACUGCACAACUUGACGGGAACAUGCGGCGGAACGCAGCCUCCGCGGCGGCCGUCCUCAUGUCUCGGUCUCAUCCCACCCGCCACUCUUCACGGGAAUCAUCACAGUCUACUCAUGGAAUUAUAACAGUCAGCAUAUGCCUUACAAGUUAUUCUUUCCUCAAAAUUGAGUGCAGCGAGGAUAGACAGCGAUGAAAAUUUGUUCAUUGUCUGUAGUUGCUUUUUUUUUUAUAAAUAUGUUUGUUCAUCACUGACUCGGAUGGGUUGAUGUAGGCAUUCAAUGCACUGUGUUUAAUGAGUUAUCAAGAACUUCAAAAUGGAAGAGGCCACUGUAUUCGGAUGGUGCACUGUAAUAUAAUAUUAUACUGCUGCAGCAACCAUAAUCAUUUAAAAAAAAUGAUGAAAAAAAUAAAAGAAAAAUAUGUGUAAAGAUGUUAGCUGAGAGACUGUAGGCAGGUCAUCUCUGUCUUUUAGAAAUGUUUUUUAUUGUAUGUGUUAAAAAAAUGGAGGCAAUUUCAAAAGUUUGUGUAUAAUAAAGAUUAUUGGAAAUUAUUUUACAAUGAAAAGGGAAGAAAA